GAGAGCUUUGUGACGAGAUCAAUGGCGGCCAUUUCUCCUUUCUUCCUUCUCUUCCUCAUUCCCACUGUCCCACUCUCGAUUCUCGCUAUCUUAGCCCUAAUCGUACGUCCUCGUCCCAUUAAGAUCCCUAUCAAGUCCCGUCACGUCUUCAUCACCGGUGGAUCUAGCGGCAUCGGUCUUGCUCUCGCCCACCGCGCCGCUGCCGAGGGUGCUCGUAUCUCAAUCCUCGCCCGAUCCGCCGGAAAGCUAGAGGAAGCUAAAAAAGAGAUCCAGCUCGCCACUGGUGUCGUAGUCGCCACAUUCUCCGCCGACGUUCGCGAUUACGACGCAGUGUCGAAGGCGAUUGACGAAUCUGGACCGAUCGAUGUGUUGAUUGUUAAUCAAGGUGUGUUUACGGCGAAGGAGCUGGUUAAACAUAGUCCUGAGGAUGUCAAAUUCACGAUUGACGUGAAUCUUGUUGGGAGCUUCAAUGUGAUUAAAGCCGCUUUGCCCGCCAUGAAAGCAAGGAAAGAUCGUGGACCUGCUUCCAUCAGUCUCGUCUCCUCUCAAGCUGGUCAGGUGGGUGUCUAUGGUUAUGCUGCAUAUUCAGCAAGCAAGUUUGGUCUUCAGGGUUUAGCACAAGCACUGCAACAAGAAGUUAUUGCUGAUGACAUUCAUGUCACUCUUAUUUUUCCUCCUGACACCAAUACACCCGGCUUUGAAGAAGAACAGAAGAGCAGACCUGAAGUCACUGCCAUAAUAGCUGCAUCCUCUGGUUCAAUGGAAACAGAAGAAGUAGCCAGAAAAGCUAUGGAUGGCAUAAAAGCAGGAAAGUUCACUGUCUCAUGCAACUUUGAAGGAUUCUUACUGUCUCUCGCGACAACCGGCAUGUCCCCUCAAAGAUCAUUUUGGCUUGCAUUUCUCGAAGUAAUAGCCGCAGGGCCUAUAAGAUUAAUCGCUCUCUUCUUUCAAUGGGAUUGGUCGGCCGCAAAUAGUGCCCGGAUCGGAGUUUCCUCGAGGGGUUUCUCAAAGCUUUCGGAGGGCACUGACAUAACCUCGGCGGCGCCUGGCGUUUCCCUCCAGAAAGCUCGCAGCUGGGACGAAGGCGUUUCCUCCAAAUUCUCCACCACACCAUUGUCAGAUAUCUUCAAGGGGAAGAAAGUCGUCAUCUUUGGACUCCCUGGGGCUUACACGGGAGUUUGUUCGCAGCAGCAUGUGCCUAGCUACAAGAGCCACAUUGAUAAGUUUAAGGCUAAAGGCAUUGAUUCUGUCAUCUGUGUCUCUGUUAAUGAUCCCUAUGCUAUCAAUGGUUGGGCUGAGAAGCUCGGUGCCAAAGAUGCAAUUGAGUUUUAUGGGGAUUUUGAUGGGAAAUUCCACAAAAGCUUGGGCCUAGACAAGGAUCUAUCUGCUGCAUUGCUCGGGCCACGGUCUGAGAGAUGGUCGGCUUAUGUAGAAGACGGUAAAGUUAAGGCGGUGAAUGUGGAAGAAGCACCGUCUGACUUCAAGGUUACAGGGGCAGAAGUCAUCUUAGGACAGAUCUAAAAGGUUUUUCCAGAGUUGUUGUUUCUUCUGACUUGCAGCUGAAAAUAAGUUUGAUCCGUUCAUGUUCCAAGGAUCACACCAAGAAACAGCUUCACUUGUUUUUGUUUUGUUUCCACAGUUUCUUCUGUUUCAAUAAAAAUUAUGUCUAUUG